AUGGCCACCAACUUCAACUUCAACUUCGCUGGCUCUCCCUCCACACCUAAAGGCAAAGGCAAAGCCUCCCUCUUCUCGCAAGCACCGUCAACAACUCCCGCCGGCCCACCACCCUCAUACCUCACCAAUGUCUCGACGACGCCGGCAGGAGAGCCCCCGCGAUCAAGCAAGAUCUUCGGUAGCUCCUACAACCCUGCCACAAAUACUUUCGGACAUCGCAACACGCCAGCGCGAAAAGGCAGGACCACGUUUCAGGUGCCCGAAAGCAGUCCGCCAGGCUUCGAGGAUGGAGAGGAUGAGGACGCAGACGGCGAGAUGCUGAGUCCUGAGAGGGAUGCAUUCGUCGCGUCAACCAUCGAGCAGCAGAGCCCGCGCGGGUUGAAAAGGAGUCGCAAUGGGCAGGUGCGCGAGCAGGAGAGUAGCGGCAUGGCGGACAUUGCGCGCGCGUUCGCAAGAGACGCGGGACCAGCGAAGACGGUCGAGGGCCCUGACGACGUGGUGUUAGGGACCGAAGAAGUUCUAGCGAGCUUGGACAUGGCGAUGCAUCAGCAGCGCAAUGCGACGGCGAGCCGGGAGGAGACUGUCACGCAGGCGGUCACGGACUUGACGAGGCUGUGGACGCAGCAUUCGGAUAACAAGACUCUGCCUGGAGCUGUGGGACCGGAGCUCGACGAGCCGCUGACGAAGGCGACUUAUCUGUCAAGUCUGCUGCUGCAAUUACACCAUCCGCACACGGCGAGACCUGCGCAAAAGCAAGCUUCGGGGUUGCGGUCACGAUCGCAACAGCAGUCGACUUCGAUCUCGCUACCCCGAGCGCUUCUGGAGUGGCUCAACGCGCAUCACAACCCGCUCCCAGACGAGUUCAACGACGUCCACAUGUACCGCCCUUCGCCAGCUGCCCAUGAAGCAUUCUGGGACAUUCUGGGCGCCGACAUCAUCCGAGGACGCUUUUCGCGAGUUGCACGACUGCUGAGAGAUGCAGGAUGGGAGAAUGCGGCGACUGCGGCGAUGGACUACGAAGACGACAGAGCACAAGGCUAUCGUGGACAGCAGCUCCACAAUAUCCGGGAGGUUGUUGAGAACUGCAUUCGGGUGCUAGAAUCCUGUCCAGCUGUCACAGAUGACGACUGGAACGUGCCAGGCCCAGCUUGGUCUGUCUUCCGGCAAAGAGUUCGACACGCGAUACGUGAACUUGAAGCUUUCGCUGCUACGUACGACGAGCACGCUACUGCACCCCCACGGAAUAACAUGUUUGCCAACAACAACAACAUGAGCAUGGCGGCCGCCACUGCUCGCGCGGAGAGCAGAGUCCCACCCACCAUCUACACCAGUCUACGCGCGAUAUAUGGUGUGCUACUUGGCGGCAACGGCAUCUUGGACUACGCACAAGACUGGGUCGAAGCUUCAAUGCUACUCAUAGUCUGGUGGGAUGGCGAAGAAAGCAGCGCCGCAUUGAACGUCAGUGUCGCAGACCUCGCUACCAGCAGAAACGGUUUUAAGAAGAGCUUGCGCGCUGGUGGCGCAACGCGAGAAGUAGAUGUCGCACCGCUGGUUGCAUACAGGAGACGGCUCGGCGAGAUGUUCCGUAUCGUGCCCAGCGAGAUUAACGAGCCGACUUUCCAGCCCGAUACUUUGGACCCUCUACACGUAGGACUGGCAACAGCCUUCGAAGAUGACGUCGCAGAAACGAUCGACAUGAUUCGAACCUGGAGUCAGACGGUUGCCACCGCCGUCGUCGAGAUCUCAGCUUUGGGAGGUUGGCUUCCUAUCCCGGAAGGACGACCGGAUAGCAGAGGUCUGCUCGGCCGUGGCUUCUCGACCGAAGAUCUGCUGGUGCUUUCUCACGGACCUGGGGCGAGACAGCUACCGUACAAUGGCGAGGGUGUCGUUAGAGACGAUGUCCUAACCUCCUAUGCGGAUCUGCUGGCCGACAAGGAGAAGUACACUAGCGCGGACGGUAAGAUUGAUCGGGAAGGCUGGGAGCUCGCUAUCUCGGUGCUCGGACGUCUGGACGAAACCGAGGCGGCGGAGGACCGGAUACGAGUCAUUCUCGAGGCGUUGGAUAUUCCCGACGAGCCGCGAGUGGAGAAAGUACUCGCCGUGUGCGGCGGCAUGGGCUUCGAGGCGCUUGGACGUGGUAUUGCUGAACGCUACGCCGACACCAUCUCCGAGCAAUCUCCCAUCCCCUACGGCACGACCCUCCUCUACCACGCUCGUGCCCACUCCGCAACAAAACUUCGCAACACCCUCGGCCUCCUAAUCUCCCUCUCCCUCCUCCACUCCGCCGCCAUACCAGCCCAAACGAACCUAGACCCUCAUUUAGCGUCUCUACUCGCCCCUGCCCGACCAGCGCUUGUGGAUCUCGCGCGUGCAGACUCUGAAGCCGCCGAGUUGCUGGCAAGAGAGCUGAGUGGCUACGCUUUACUCCGCCGCUUCUACAGCAUCCGUGACUCUACUACAUCCUCCACAGGCUCGCUGAUGCGGAAACGAGAAGCGGCGAAGACGCUCGUCGCACUCACCUCAAGCGCAGCAGACUGUAUCCGCGGCGGUCUCUUCGACCCGGAAGUCGAGUCCGUCGUCCCGGUAGAAGGACUGCUAAUGCUUCUCGGCGAAGUCCUGCCGCUUCUCGGUCAGACUUCCGGCACGGGCAAAGCGCAGCGGGUGAUGGAGAUGAAAGAUGUCAUGGCUUUGAUGGCCGUGGCGGAGGACUACGAGAACGUUAGCGGAAGGAUACGAGAAGGUGGCGAAGCUGUGCUGAAGGCUAGUAUGGGCUGCUUCAGGGAUGGCGGUAUGGGUGGAAGUGGGAAACUGAAGAAGAGCACCGCUUCCCUAAGUGCUUCUGGAAUGCUGGGUGGGAGUGGCGGAUGGGAGGAGUUGGCUGAGAGUUCGUGGGAACUACUGCGGAGUCAGGAAAGUGGUGAUGGUGAAGGCAGUAAGGGGAGGAAAGGUGGGAAGAACGCGAGAGCAGUGGACGUGCAGAGAGGUUGGGAUUGGAGGAAGGGUCUUGAUGCCGUAGCGAGCGAGGCGGAGGUGGGGAGUAAGGAGGUCGUGAUGUUGCUGAGGACUGCGUUGGCGAGGGAGGUAGGACGGGCUUGGGGAAAUGGGUGGGCUUAA